AGCAGCCUCAGUGGCGAGCCGGCCGCAGCAGCGCGAGGCGGCUAGGCACCUCUCCGUCCGUCCCGUGGAGCCUGGGUGCUCCGCACGCUCGCGGCGCCGCGUGUGUGCGUGUCUGUGUGCCGCGUGUCUGUCCGUGUGUGCGUGUGUCUGUGUGUCGCGUGUCGCGCCCUUUGUGUGCGCCGAGUGACAAUGUGACGGAGUGUCAUUGUGUGCCGCGCGUGUGUGUGACAGUGACAGCCCAGCCCCUCCCCCCCUCUGCCCUUGCGGGACCGGACCCGUUACGACCCCCUAUCGGAUUACCGUACCCCAUGUGACACCCUGGCCAGUAUCGUUGUCGGGUACCCGCCCGAGCGGUCCGGCCCGCCGGCCCGCCAGGCCCACGCGUUCGAUGGGCUGCCUACCGUCCGGGCGCGCCGCGGCCGCCCCGGCCCGCCAGAGUCUCGCAGUCGUGGCUUACGCGGACGCGAACACGGUCGCAAGCUUCUGCUUAUAGAAACACCAGCACCCCAUUUAUUGCUCACUUUGAUUUUCUUAUAAUUGUUUCCGACGUUACUAACGGAGCAAUCGUGACUGCGCCGCACAGAAAGACCGGUAGUGCACAGCGGUCGUCGGUGCUGGUGCUGCUGCUGCAAAACGGCGUGUACGAUUACAAAAUGAAAUGAGAUUACCGACACGCCGCCGCGACUUGUCCGUGUGAGUCUAGAUGUGUGUCUCUGAUCCGCGGCGCCGAGUGAUCUAUAGCCGUCCCGUACCCCCUCCACCCCCCACCGAGUGACGCAACAGGCGCAAUAGCAACGCACACUGCACGGCCUGCUGCACAGCGUGAAGCCAAGCAGCGGCCUCAGGCUCCGCUUCCGGGCGGCGAGGUGACGGGGAUGACCAGGACGGCGCCGAGGAUGAUCCGGGACGGCGAACACUGCGGGGCAGUGCGGGUGCCGCCGCCACCGUCGUUGUCCUGGCCGCUGUGCGCCCGGAAGAAGAAGAAGAUGGCCGUCACUCCGCCCAAUGAGAGCACGCGGCCCCCGCACCCCCGUUGAAGUCCCGCUGCGCGCACCGCGGCAUGGCCGCCCCCGCCUCCCCCGGCGCCCUCCGCCUCGCCGCCGUCGCCGCCCCCGGACACUCCGCUGUCCUCGGGCGGCGCGGGUGCGGGGCUGGUGGUGGCGUUAGGGGUGACCGGCCCGCCACCGCAGUCGCCCCCGAGCCCGACGUGCCGGCCGCGCUCGCUCAUGGAGUCACUGCUAGUCGCCAAGAUGGAGCGCGCCGCCCAGCUGGGGGGCGGCCCCGACCCCGGCGCCGCCCCCGGCCCCGCCGCCCCUGUGGCCGCCCCGCCCCUGCCCGCGCUGCUGCUGCGCACCGACUCGACGGACUCGGCCAGCUCCUUCUCGUCGGCAUCCUCGGACGUGUGCCGGUGCGACGACUGUCUGCUCGGCACCGCGGACGUCUGGGCCAACCGGAAAAAGGUUGGUGUUGGUCGCGAGUUAUUCGGGCGGCGGACCUGUGCGUAGAAUGACGUCUUCCGGUGGCUGUGGCGUCCCUGCCCAGGAUGGACUGAGAGGCCAUGGACCGGCCGGCCGGCCAGCAGACCGACGCCGACGUGGACCUCCUGAGGCCGCCGUCGACGCCCUCGCCGCCCGGCUCGCCGCACUACCGCCCCUGCCGGCUGUCUCCGACGCCGCCGCCCGAGGACGACGACACCGAGGACACGAUGCUCGUCGUGCCCACGCACCCUUACCAGCACCACCGCGGCCACGGCGCCCGGCGCAUGUCCGCGACCACGCCGGGCACGCCGCGCAGCUUCUACUACCACCGCGGGCGCUACAGCGAGUCGUCGCCGACGUCCUCGGCACCCGCUUCGCCCCAGAGGUCGAGGUCGCCGUCACCCAGCCCCUGGCUACUGUCGCCCGGCUACGAGCAGUACCGCCAGUCGCUGUCCGUCCCCGCCGCGCUCGAGUACGGCGAGGCAUCCAGCGAUGACCUGUCAUCCGAGUGGGACUCGGACGUGCAGGAAGUGUCGCCGUUGACGCCCAAGGUGAAUGGCUUAGGGGCGGGGACCGCUAGGGUUCUGUAUCAUGUCACAUCGAACGUUAAGGUAGUUUGACACCAAUGCGAACCUAUUCAAUGAUCGUACUGCAGCCGCAGUAUUCUUCGGUCGAAAGCGGGGAUCUGUGAGCUAUCAAAGAUGCCGUUGCAGUUGAAUAUACCGUCCGAGUUUGAGGUUUUUGUAUACGUAUUCGUGUUUGGGGCCGAGGCGAACUUCUUUUAAUUUUUUUCUUUGUUUCUAAUCAGUUGGGACCAUUUUCUCAUUCAUUCCCUCA